AUGCAACCUUGCCUCUUCCUUCUUGCUGCCUCCGCAGCAGGAGUAGUAGCACUAGCUUCGUCAGAAAUAUCCAUCCUUUUGCCCACCACCACACCAUCCGGGCCCCAAGAUCCCUGGGAAUGUACCCUCUCAGCCUAUACACCCUUCUUCAACCCUCCACUGCCCACUGGCGCUGUAAAGUCAGCUUUGGACUCCUACGGCGACGGGCUGAUUGCCGAUUGUACUGGACUUGAAUGUCCAUACCCGGAUGUUACGCGUUGGUGCGGAAUCACCACUGCUGCACCAACUGCCGUUCUUCCUGCAUACACUAGUUAUGCCAGUUCUGCUUCGGUAUGGGCUUUGACCAAGAAACCGACAGCGGGUACGUGGUUGAACCUGAUCAUUGCAAAUGCAGAGUGUUUUGGCAAGGCGCCUGAAGAUGAUGCAUCAUCGAUAGGCACGUCUUCAAUCCAACCUUCGCUCACUUCGUCGCCACGAUCGUCGUCUGCGUUUGUCUCAAGCCCUACGUCCACCACGUCAUCAUCUGCCGGCAUUGCGCUGUCACCGAACGGCCAAUGUGGAGGAUUAUCUGGAUACCACUGCCCAGGAAGCGGCUUCGGAGACUGCUGCUCAUCAUACGGCUGGUGCGGUAACGACAGUCACUGUGACGCCGGCUGCCAGCUAGGCUUCGGCUUCUGCAAUGUGCCAACCAAAAUCUCACCCGAUGGCUCUUGCGGCACAGUUAACAGCGAUGACGGAUUCAUCUAUCCUGGAAGUGGUUUUGGUGACUGCUGUAUGAAUCCCUUACUCCCACAAUCAUCUCUACGUCAACCACCUGGAAAGAAGUUUAGCUAA